AUGGUCGGACUGGUCAACCAUAAUUUAAAAGGGAUUGUAUUAGUUUCGUUCACCUACUACUUAGUGUUCAUAUCUGUGAAACUGUUUUAUUUACUCAAAACUGGCGCUACAACUGAGCAGAUCUUGUACUUCUUAUGCUCAUUCACGUUUCUUCUUUCUCGGGCUUUGCUCAUGUCUUUGCUGGCAGCGAGAGUGCACACCGAAGCGAAGAAACCACUUCUGAUUUUGUUCGAUGUCUCAACCCAAGAGGAUAGUAAAGAAGUACAACGUUUUCGUCUCCAAAUGAUGUAUAACCCAAUCGCAUUGACUGGUUCGUUGUUUUCCAUCACAAGAAGCACAAUACUAAAGUUCUUCAGUACGAUCAUGACUUAUGAGUUAGUAUUGCUGCAGCUGAAUGAAAAUCAAAAAGAUACAACUACCGUGGGACAACUGAAUGAAACAUUGCAUUUACCUUAA